AUGGACAUCAAUCCUUCCAAAACACAAAAUGAUAUGGCUAAAGAAUAUUCUAAAAAACUAGACGCAAUAUCACGUCCACGUGGAAUUUCUUCUUCAUUUAUUCAAUCACGUUAUUUUCAUAUCGAUCAAUUUUCGCGUGAUAAUCGCGACCUUGCCCGUCCAGCAGCAUAUCGAUCUAAAAAUUCACCAUCUUAUUAUACAUAUGGUGGAGCAGGUACAUAUUCAAUUGAAUCAAAUCAAGAAGGAUGCCGUCUAAAAAACAAUCUUUGUUCACACGAUUAUCAAUGUUGUUCAGGUAAAUGUCGCUGUGUUCGCUGGUCGGUAAUGGGGAAAAUGUCUUGCUGGAAGAAAUGCUUCUGA